UUAGAGGGCGCCACACCUCUCACUUUUCACACAACAGAUCCACCUCCGUUCCCCGCUGCAUGAACAUCAUACCAUAUCAUAAAGCCGCAACCAUUACUGUCAGCGAGCUAAACAACAUACCGUUCAACAGCAUCUAAUCAACGGCCGAGGUGUUGAUGGAGGGGCUACUGGGAGGUGUUUGGGAAGGACACUAUGUUUCCAUGUGUCUCCCCCUGGCUCUCUUCUGAUCCCCCCGCCACGCUUUGCCAUGCUCCGCCCAUUCCCCCAAUACAGCCGCACAAUCAGCCACUGCCUGACCUGCUGCGGAGCUGUGCCGUGCUUCUUUCCCCAGCCACGCACUUGAGCCCCUGCACCAACGAGAUGGAAUCCAUGAUUGUGGUGACGGAGUACGAGCCCAGUGGUGGCUCUGGACUGGAGGGCGGAGAGGAUGAGGAGGUGGAGGACAUGGACAGCUCAGAAACACCAGAGCCGAGGUCAUCAGGUCCGGUACCGCCCUUCCUUAUGGCAUCUUGUGAUCUUUUAUCCCAUACUGUGGGACGUCCAGAAGCGCUGUUCCCAGAACCGCAGGAGCACAGAGGAAGGCUCAGCCUCUCUGACCGGAAGCUCUCCCUUCAGGAACGCUCGCAGACGCAUUCAUCACCCUGUGGUUCGCCGGGGCUGAACGGUCGCUAUAUCUACCCGUCAUUACCAUACUCGCCGAUUACCUCCCCCCACUCAUCUCCACGCCUCCCUCGAAGACCCACCGUUGAGUCUCAUCGUGUCUCCAUCACAGACCUGCAGGACUGCGUGCAGCUCAACCAGUACAAGCUGAAAGAUGAGAUCGGAAAGGGCUCCUAUGGAGUUGUCAAGCUGGCGUACAAUGAAGAUGACAACACAUACUAUGCCAUGAAAGUGCUGUCCAAGAAACGACUGAUGAGGCAGGCUGGGUUCCCGCGCAGACCUCCUCCUCGUGGGGCAAAAUCGGCCCCUGAGGGCCUCCCUCAGCCCAAAGGGCCUCUGGAGCGCGUUUACCAAGAGAUAGCCAUCCUCAAGAAGCUCGAUCACCCUAAUGUGGUCAAGCUUGUGGAGGUGCUGGAUGAUCCUAGUGAGGACCAUCUGUACAUGGUAUUCGAGCUUGUCAAACGAGGAGCAGUGAUGGAGGUUCCUACUGAUAAGCCCCUGGAUGAGGACCAGGCACGCUUCUACUUCCAGGACUUGCUGAGAGGAAUCGAAUAUUUACAUUACCAGAAAAUCAUUCAUCGGGAUAUUAAGCCUUCCAACCUGCUCGUGGGAGAAGACGGCCACAUUAAGAUUGCUGACUUUGGGGUCAGUAACCAGUUUGAGGGAGCAGACGCCCUACUGACCAGUACAGUGGGGACGCCAGCGUUUCUCGCCCCAGAGACCCUCUCAGAGACUCGCAAGAACUUCUCUGGCAAGGCUCUGGAUGUGUGGGCAAUGGGAGUCACCUUGUACUGUUUCAUUUUCGGAGUGUGUCCAUUUAUGGAUGAGCGUAUUUUGAGUCUUCAUCAAAAGAUCAAGACUCAGCCGGUGGAACUUCCAGAGAAUGCUGACAUAUCAGGUGACUUGAAGGACCUUCUUUUUAAAAUGUUGGACAAGAACCCUGAAUCCAGAAUUACCGUGCCACAAAUCAAGGUGCACUCAUGGGUGACGCGGCACGGUGCCGAGCCCCUCCCUCCUGAGGAUGAUAACUGCUGCAGCCUGAUCGAAGUGACGGAAGAAGAGGUGGAAAACUCAGUCAAGCACAUCCCCAGCCUUGCCACAGUGAUCAUGGUUAGGACCAUGUUGCGGAAGCGUUCUUUUGGGAACCCGUUUGACUGGGGCCGCAGGGAAGACAGAAGUCCCACCGCACCAGGACACAUGCUUUCGAAACAGGAGAGCGAGGAAGGCAUGCGGAGCAUGGACCUGCCCUUCGUGGGCGAGGAUGAAGUUCUUUCCUGAUAUUUGUUGUGAGUGUCUUGCUCACAACUCUGCGAUGGGCGAGUGGUUGUCGCUUGAAAAAUGCACCAGGAUGGGGCUUGGUAUGGCUUCUGGAAGGCCGGGAUAUGGACCUGGGUUGGGGCAUGGACAUAAGAAAGAAGCCCUGCUUUUUUCUGGGUUGUUGAUGUGGAGGUUGCCCACCCAUUCCAUGCAUGCAUUUGUACAGUCCACAGCAGCAUGCACUGUAUCUGUCCACCCAGGUCUCUACUGUCUCUCAGGACCUGUUUUCUGUGUGUGUGUGUGUGUGUGUGUGUGUGUGAGAGAGAGAGUGUUUCUACUUCUCCCCUGCAUGGAGACUCUGCUUUACUCCUCUACUUCAGCUAGGGGGCGCCACUGCAGUUGUAUGAAGGCUAAACAGACAAUAAUAUACAUUUUUGUAGAAUUUCUUAGGUUUCUCCAUCACUCAUUAAUUAGGAAGACAGGCUUCUUAAUAGUGGUUUUCACAGUGGUUUGAAUUUGAAAGUAAUAAAACAUUUUAUUCAAAUGGGAAAAGGUUUAGUACUACCCUACAAAACCAAGUAACAGUAACUACGGCAACACUGAAACUGAGAAAAAUGGCUUCAAAGUUUUUCGACUGUCCAGCCAAAUGUGGAUUUAAAAAAAGUCUCAUUCUGUUUUCUAUGAAUCUGAGUACUAAACUGUGUAGUUUGUAAUGUGUACUGUGUUUUGCAUUUGCAGGGCAUGGUAAUUAAUUUUAAGUUUGUUUAAAAAAAAAUUAUUAAGUAUAAAAUAGCUCAAAUUUACAAUCUGGAAAUGACAUAUAUAUAGUAAGGAUACAAUUCAAGAUGAAAUUUAGGAAAAAUACAGAUAUGUUUGUAUGAGAAUGUGUUUUUACUGUAUAUCAAAUAACAGCGCUUUGGGUUUGUAGUCUGAUGUCUGUGCUAUAGGUACAGGACCAAACCUCAAAACUAUCUAGUGUUGUUUUUUUUAAUACAGCAAAGCCUGAAUCUAAGUGAUGAGGGAAUUAUGGUCAUAGCAUGUUUUCAUAUUUUUGAAUAGUCUGUUAAUUAGGGCACAAAUAACAUAUUAGGGAAUGCCAAAAUAGGCAUUGUGUCAGUUUAUCUCCUUGUAUGUAACGUGACCUUUUAAUCAUGAAAGUAAGUCUUUUACUGUAAUUUCACUUCCUUUCCUUGUAGAAUAACCAAAUGCCAUGUAGUAGUGCAUUUCAAGCUUUGUCAUGAUCAGAGUGAAUUAGUUAUUAGCAUUUCCAUAUCAUAUGCAUACUCUAAAGUUCUUGAGGAAAUACAAUAACUUAAUGCAAUCUAUGCAUGAUUUUUCACUUAAGGAAUCAAUGUUUGUCAACCAGUCUGUUUUGACACGAAUGUAUGCCUUACAUUUUCAUACUCAUAACUGUAGCAUAGAUAAUCAGUACAUAAGUUUUUUUGUACAAUAGAAUUAUAGAUAAAGCAGAUGAUGGAGUCCUUAGAUAAGCUGUUUUAGACAGUGUAGAAAUAAAGCUCCGUUUUAAAGAUAGCAAAAAUAGUCCAAAGUCCUGUUGAGAUGUUCUCAAUGUGCACUACAGUCAUGUAACUUGUUUUGUUUUUUUCUAUAAUUGUUUGUUUGCUUUUGAUGUAGGCUAGUUCAAAAAAAUAUCUGAGUGAUGGUGCUUUUCCACCACUGGAUGAAAUUUAUAACAUAGCUCAUGCUUCCAUGUAUCAGGGGAGUCCUUCUGCACAAAUAGGUUGAAUGUAUGUUGUUGAUGGUUUUCCGUGUAACUACAGUCAACUCUUUAGUCUUUACCUUUGUUUUAACCCCCCCCCCCCCGCAUUCUUUGUUUUGUUGAUUUGUGUUAUUUUUUUUUUUUGUUUUACUUUACAUUUUUGUGUGGGUACUAUUACUAUGCAUAUGAAAUUUCACUUUGCGGUGCAGUUCUGGACUGUGUCAGUCAGUCGGUCCCUUGUGUUUGUUCUAUUAGAUGUUGAUUAUUGAAAAUCGAAGGAAACUUGUAUUAUCGAUUUAAAUAUGCAUGAUGAACAGAAGAUGGUUAUACAAUAUCAUUUAAGUGGACAUUUUAUGGAUUUGCUGAGUUUAUGAUUAACUUCAAUUAAUAUAUUCAGGAGAAGCACCAUUCCCCUUUUUGAGUAAAUAUUUAUUAAGAAAAUCGGAAAAUAUACGGUUAUCUUUGCACAAUAUUGAGCCAAAUUUAAAUGACAGUGUUUCCAUGUAAAGCAUGUAUAUUGAAACCUUUAAAUGAAGAAUGAGACCUUAUGACCAUGUCUUCUUCUUUUGUAAACAAAUCAUAAUGAAGAGCAAAACUCACCAGCUUAAAACUUAGCAAGCAUUUUUCUGUUUUCUAUGUACGAUCACGUUCUCAAUGACUGACCUUACACACGGUCAGUAGAUUGACUGCAGAUGUGUAUACUGAAGGGAAUGCUGUACUGUAUACUUAAAACCUCUAUAUCUUUCUCCUUUGUAUCUGCCCAGUUUUUCUUGAAGGGCUAGGAUAAAUGUUUGCUUCCAUAUCACACAAACAAUUGCGUUUUGAGCACUGUUGAGAGGGCUGUGUACAGAGAUGGUACGUAGAUGCAUGCCGUCACUAUAACUCGAUCUCAUGCAGCAUGUUUGUUUUUUCUAAGCAUGUUUGAGCUCUUUACAGCAUCCUCUGAUUGUAUUGCUGAUCAUUCUAUAUAUUGUAUCCAGUUAAUUAUUUGAAUAAAUUAAAGCUGCCUUUAA